AUGUCGUCCAAAGACCAAGGUUCCUCCCGUCAGCAGGCAGAAUUCCAACUCGGUAUCUCCGCAUCUAAUGCCAAGACUUUGACGAAUCAGGGUACUGCAUCUGCAUCUCGGCGUGGGAAGGAAUACGGAACGGAUUCGUACAAGCUGGCCACUACUGGGCAAGAAUCACAGCUCAAGAAGUCUGCACAGGCGUCUGUGGAGAAGCGACAGCAUGUUACUGAUAAUAUUGCCGACAGUUACCGAAAGACCUCUAACUGA